AAAAAAAAAAAAAAAAAACCAACAACAACAACACAAAACAAAAAACCAUUCCCCCUAGUGGCAGCACCAGCGGCUGGGUGUAGCAGCACACGGUGAAGGGGAGGCUGUGCUAGGAUUAGAGGGGUUGGGCUGCCCUGCUGGUAGGAAACCUGCCGCCAGACAACCAGUUCGUCUCCGGCGGUGCAGCGUUGCUUUCCCGCAGCAUCAGCAGCAGCGACACAGCCGCGCAGCCUCCAGCCUCAUCUCCUGCUCCUCAUCUGCGCUUCCCUCCGCCUCUUGUCCAGACACAAACACACACACACACACUGCCGCAGCACGGAGGAAACGGACGAACAAGGACGAUCCGCUGAGCAGUCUUCAGGGAAAUAAGGGAAUAUAUAUCUGAGGUCGGUGAAAGAUGGUGAAACUGGGGAGUAAUCUUCAAGACAAAGGGGCCAAACCUGUGAGUGUGGAGGACGGCUUUCAGAAUGUGCCCCUCAUCACUCCACUGGAUGUUGGCAGCCUCCAGAGCCAGGCACCUGACAAGGUGGUGGUGAAAACUCGCACAGAGUACCAGACAGAGAAAAAGAGGCUGAAGGUCCCCAAGGUGGAGGAGUUCACCAUCAGCUUUACUGAUGGGGUGUCUGAGAGACUUAAGGUGACGAUUCUGAUCAUCCUGGCCCUGGCCUUCCUUGCCUGCAUCGUGUUCCUGGUGGUUUAUAAAGCCUUCACCUACGACCAUGCCUGCCCAGAUGGAUUCAUUUAUAAGCACAAGCGGUGUAUCCCAGCCUCCCUGGAGGCCUACUAUGCUGCCCAGGACGCCAACUCAAGGGGCCGUUUCUACACAGUGAUCAGCCACUACAGCGUGGCCAAGCAGACCACCUCGCACUCUGUCUCCCCCUGGCUUCCCGGAGGUGUCGGGGGGCAGCAGCAUGACGCUAAACCCCCGAGCAGCGAGGGCCACUGAGUUAAACGGUUAAAAGAUGUUGUAAAACACACACAGACACAUGCAGACAUGAAGAAACACAUAAAGACACGGGCAGGUGUAGAUGCAGACACACACACACACACACACGUAGGAGAAUAUGUAUAAAUCUAGACAAAAGAUACGCACAUUAACACAGCAGCUACAUAUAGCCAAUAUAGAGUGAAAACAUGCAUGCAGACAUGAGAAUACACAAGCACAUGCUAGGCCAUACUCUGAUUUACCUUGUCUGCCCAUUUAUAUGCUCUGUCUAUUAGUGAGGAGUGUUUCCCAUUGAUCUUUCGCUCUCUUGGGAAUAUCAUCAUCUCACUCACAUAAACAAACACACACACACACACACAGUCUGCUCUCUCGUUACCAUGUUUACCCCCUUCCUCUCAUUUAUUAUUUAUUGACUGUCAUGAUAUAUUUAUUUUUUACUGUAAUGUAUGGAUGUUUUGUAUGUGAUUACGAGGCAACUCUUUGUACAAAAGCACGAGUCAAUGCUGAAUUUCACGCUUCCUCUUUGUGAGAUUUUUUUGUUUUUUUUUUAACUGUGUGUACUGCAGUUACAGUUUAUUCAUGAACGGUCUCUUUUCUUUCAUGCCUUUCUCGUCCAAACUCUGUAACCUCAGGCACAUCUGUCAAAACACCACACACACAGAUCACGUCAUAUUUCAACCCAGAAUAUGUCUUGUAUUGCUGUAACAACAUUUUUAAAAAUGAAAUUUCAGCUCUGAGGAAGGUUUAAUGCCAAUGUCCAUAUCCACAACACAUCCUGAGUUGACUGAAUGAAUUUUUCCAUCAUGGCUGUUUGAUAGCUCAUAUUCAGUGACAUUUUCAAUGUGCUGUGCUAUACAUUUUAAAUCCUUAAAUCCCAGUCCCCCCGUGACCCGAGCUGUACAUAGAAUUGUGCUUUCAAGCUAGAUUUUGUGGGUAUGCAUUGUAGUAUUUGUAGUUUUCUUUUUCUUUUUUUUACAGACCCACAAUUCCUCCAUGCAAGUUACAUAUUGCUUCAGCUGCCAGUCUUGUAGCGCCAUCAAACACAGUGCUGCUGAUGGGAAAGGAAAUACUGUGCAUAUCACUGUCUCUUGCAAAAAAUCCUACUUUUUGCUGUGUUUCCUUAUGUUUAUAGAUGGGCUUCAACUGCAGCCAAGUUUUGUUUCUGUACAUUUUUUUUUUUCAUUUUGUAAUGUUGGAUCUGUUGUCAAGAGCGCUUUUAUGAGAUAUUGUGAUGUUGUUAGUUAAUAUGUAGCGAUACCUGGUGUAAUUUAUCAGUGUGCAUCCUUGUCCCUCUUCUCUUGGUUUGAAUUCAAAAUAAAACAAGCUGUGACCUGU